CCAGUUUGUAGCAGGUUUGCAAAUUCAUCUCAGAGGAGACGCACAUGAAACUACUUGAUCUCACUUCGGCAAUAAACGACGGAGAAAGAAACAUGAGGAAAACCCAGAAUCCUUUUGUUGUGAUGUGUGGGUAAAUAAAGUUAAGGAAUAAUUGACAAAGAUAAUCAACUUAUUUUAGCAGUAUACAUACGCAUUGGACACCAAAAUCUUGGAGUAUUGUCGUUUUGUGAAUUUUAACGCUGUUUUCACUCAGUUUGUGUUUAUAUCGAUAAUUGGUGUCAAAAGUGAUGGAUACAAAUUACAAAAUUGUGUUGGAAUGGUGGAAAUAUGCUUUCAUGAUCAGUUAACAUAACCUUUUAUCAUCCAAGUUCGAGCCUCGCAAAUAAUAUUAAUUGAAAUGGAUGUCGAAGAUCCUGGUGUAUAUAGAUUAGAAAAUAAGAAUGACGAACCAUGUGGACUUAUAGUUCGUAAAAAAGUUCCGUCUGAGGAUGACACUUUCAAAGUACCGGCUCCAAGAACCUCACUUUUUGGCUUGGAUAAAUUGGCUGAUUUUUCUCUUGUUAAUCAUGUAGCACAAAGGAGAAAAGAGAAAGAGCUUGGCAAUGAAGAGAAGAAAUCUAAAGAAAUGUCCUUUAGAGAUGAUGAAGAAGGAGGUCAAGAAAUUGAUAAUAAUACUGCUAAAAAGGGGCAUUCCCAAGCAAAGGAGAGGCAUUAUCGUUCCUCUCAAGAAGAGACUCCUUCCCAUACUGGGGGAAUCUCAAAGGAGGCACGUGAGCGAAUGAUUGAAAGACUACAAAGGAAUAAGGAACGUGGUGUCCAUGCCUCAUCAAAAGAUAGGAGGAAAGACCAUGAAAAAUAUGGUGAAAAUCGAUCCAGAAGAAGGGAUGAUAGGCACAGACGUUCCCGUGACCAUGAUAGAAGAUCACGCGAUAAAGAUCAUAGAGAUCACAAACGUGAUCGCAGUGAUAGAAGAAGCAGGGAUAGAGAUUGGGAGCAAGAAUCAGUGAGAAGUAGAUCGUCACCAAGGGAUAUGAAUGAAACACCUCGGUUUAAAGACGAACCACUUACUCCAGCCAUGAAAGUGAAAGAUCCGACUUCAAAGACGAGUUGGGAUGAAGAUGAUCCUACACCUUCUCGUUAUUCAAGCUGGGAUCAACCUACACCAAUGAUAGGUCGAAGUGAAGGUGAUUGGUCGGAACGUGGUUCACGGAGAGGAACUGACCGGAGAAGCCGUCUAGAUGAGACACCACGACCGACUCCUGCACAUCGAUUUAAUGUAUGGGCAAAGGAUAGAAAGAAGACCGGAGCAACUCCGAUUCCUGGGAAAGAAGGGGAAUUGCGGUGGUCAUCUGCUGAAGAUCGGCAGUUGUGGGAAGAGGAACAGCAGAGGUUAGAUCGGGAGUGGUACUCUUUGGAUGAUGGCUAUGAUGACCAUCAUAAUCCUUUUUCUAACUUAAGUGAAGAGUACACUAAGAAAAAAGAGGAACAGCUCGAACAAAGAAAGAGGAAAAGGAUGUCUGCACAACAGAGACAAAUUAACAAGGCAAGUUUUAAGAAUCUACUUUGUGUGUUGGAUAAUGAAUUGUGGGAGCGUAAUCGUAUGCUGACCAGUGGAGUGGUUCAUCAAGUAGAUGUUGAUGAAGAUUUCGAUGAAGAAAAUGUUGACAGAGUGCAUUUGUUAGUUCAUAAUAUUGUUCCACCGUUUUUAGAUGGACGCAUUGUAUUUACCAAGCAACCAGAGCCUGUUGUUCCUGUUAGAGAUCCCACAUCAGACAUGGCCAUGGUUGCUCGCAAAGGUUCUCCGCUAGUGCGUGCAUAUCGAGAACAGAAAGAGCGAAGGAAAGCUCAAAAGAAACAUUGGGAAUUAGCUGGAACUACAAUUGGCAAUAUCAUGGGGAUACCCAAGAAAGAAGAAUCGGAGCAGCAAGAACCUGAAGAAACUGAUUACAAGACUGGGCAGAAAUUCGCUGAACACAUGAAAGAUACACAAGAAGCAUCAAGUGAUUUUGCUAAAAAGAAGACAAUUCUUGAACAGCGGCGGUAUUUACCAGUUUUUGCAGUUCGUCAAGAGCUUCUAAAUGUAAUUCGUGAGAAUAGUGUUGUGAUAAUCGUGGGUGAAACUGGCAGUGGAAAAACAACACAACUGACUCAGUAUUUACAUGAAGAUGGAUAUAGUCGAUAUGGAAUGAUAGGUUGUACCCAGCCUCGUCGUGUUGCUGCCAUGUCAGUAGCUAAACGUGUCUCUGAUGAAAUGGGUACCCAUUUAGGUGAUGAGGUUGGAUAUGCUAUUCGUUUUGAAGAUUGCACUUCAGAGAAAACAAUCAUUAAGUACAUGACUGAUGGUAUUCUUCUGAGAGAGUCCCUCAGAGAAGCUGAUUUGGACAAUUACAGUGCUAUCAUUAUGGACGAAGCCCAUGAACGGUCCCUCAGUACAGAUGUUUUAUUUGGAUUGUUGAGAGAGGUGGUUGCUCGAAGACAUGACUUAAAACUUAUUGUUACUUCAGCAACAAUGGAUGCAACAAAGUUUGCUAUGUUUUUUGGGAAUGUACCCACCUUCACUAUACCUGGUCGAACCUUUCCUGUUGAUACAUUCUUCAGUAAAAAUCCAGUGGAAGAUUACGUUGAUUCUGCUGUUAAGCAAGCUCUUCAAAUUCAUUUACAGCCACAAGAAGGUGAUAUAUUAAUUUUCAUGCCUGGUCAGGAAGACAUAGAAGUAACAUGUGAAGUUUUAGCAGAACGUCUUGGAGAAAUUGACAAUGCUCCCCAGUUAUCUGUACUACCUAUCUAUUCACAAUUACCAUCAGAUUUACAAGCAAAGAUUUUUCAACGAUCCCAGGGAGGUCUGCGUAAAUGUGUUGUAGCUACAAACAUUGCAGAAACCUCUUUGACAGUGGAUGGUAUAAUGUUCGUGGUAGAUUCAGGAUAUUGUAAGUUAAAGGUCUACAACCCUCGCAUUGGAAUGGAUGCUUUGCAGAUAUACCCCAUCAGCCAAGCCAAUGCAAAUCAACGUUCAGGCAGAGCUGGAAGAACUGGACCUGGGCAGUGCUUUCGGUUAUACACAGAAAGGCAAUACAAGGAUGAAUUACUGGUUACUACUGUUCCGGAGAUUCAGAGAACAAAUCUGGCCAACACUGUUCUUCUUCUGAAAUCUUUAGGAGUUCAAGAUCUUUUACAAUUUCAUUUCAUGGAUCCUCCGCCACAGUUGUGGAUUCUUGGAGCUUUGGAUCACACCGGUGCGCUGACGGCUCUUGGCCGACAAAUGGCAGAGUUCCCUCUGGAUCCACCACAAUGUCAAAUGCUCAUAGUCUCCUGUCAGAUGGGAUGUUCUGCUGAUAUUCUUAUAAUAGUUUCCAUGCUGUCGGUUCCUUCAAUCUUCUACAGACCAAAGGGGCGGGAGGAAGAAGCUGAUGCCGUUCGAGAAAAAUUUCAAGUACCUGAGUCUGACCAUCUCACAUAUCUAAAUGUUUAUAACCAAUGGAAAACAAAUAACUAUUCAGCAGCUUGGUGCAAUGAUCAUUUCAUUCACGUAAAGGCUAUGCGAAAGGUGCGUGAAGUACGACAACAAUUAAAAGACAUUCUUGUACAGCAAAAAAUUGAAGUUGUAUCAUGUGGCACUGAAUGGGAUAUAAUAAGGAAAUGCAUUUGUUCAGCCUACUUUCACCAAGCAGCACGACUAAAAGGUAUAGGAGAAUAUGUGAAUUGUAGAACAGGCAUGCCAUGUCAUCUACACCCUACUUCUGCUCUGUUUGGCAUGGGUUUCACCCCAGAUUAUGUGGUGUACCAUGAACUUAUAAUGACAACAAAGGAAUACAUGCAGUGUGUAACAGCUGUGGAUGGUCAUUGGCUGGCAGAAUUAGGCCCGAUGUUCUUUUCUGUGAAAGAGACUGGGAGGUCAGGCCGUGCAAAGAGACGCCAGGCUUUGGAGCAUCUCCAGGAAAUGGAAGGGCAAAUGCGAAUAGCACAAGAGCAGAUGCGAGCCCAAAAAGAGGAGCAAGAGCGACAAAACUUAGGUGCCCGAACGGCCGAAAUUGUAACUCCCGGAGUCCGAGAGCCUGGCACACCAGUUACACCACGUCGAACUCCCUCUAGGUUUGGACUGUGAAGUGUUAGUAGAAACAAAGUAUUAUGUGAGGGAAUUUGAAGAGAGAAUUCUUAUUUUUAUUGCAACUUUGUACAUUUGAUGAACUGACGUACAUCAUGGACAAAAUUUUAUCGUUAAUUUUAUGUACAUAAAUAUGAUUGUAUUAAAAUUGUCUUAUGUACAAACUUUUUAUUUUUGUUUCUUUUGUAUUU